AUGUCCUUUCAACCAACGCAGAUUUUCGAGGAGGGCACCACCGAGGAGAAAGGCGAGAAUGCGCGUCUCGCAGCCUUUGUCGGUGCCAUCGCCGUUGGCGAUCUGGUGAAGAGUACACUCGGCCCCAAGGGCAUGGACAAGAUCCUGCAAUCUGCAUCUACAGGAGAAAUGAUGGUCACAAACGACGGUGCCACCAUUCUCAAAUCCAUCGCUCUCGACAACGCCGCUGCCAAAGUUCUCGUCAACAUUUCAAAAGUGCAGGACGAUGAAGUGGGCGACGGCACAACAUCAGUUGCGGUGCUGGCCGCAGAGCUCCUUAGGGAGGCAGAGAAGCUGGUGGACAAGAAAGUUCACCCCCAGACGAUCAUUGAGGGCUACCGAAUUGCCAGCCAGGCUGCGUUGAAGGCGCUCGAGGGAACUGCGGUGGACCACAGCAAGAGCCCCGAGGCUUUCCGCAAAGACUUGCUUUCCAUCGCUCGCACGACCCUGUCCUCGAAGGUUCUGUCACAAGAUCGCGAGCACUUCGCCCGACUGGCUUGCGACGCUGUACUCCGUCUCAAGCAGUCUUCGGACUUGAGCCACAUCCAGAUUAUCAAGAAGGCCGGUGGAAAGCUCAGCGAUUCGUACCUCGACGAAGGCUUCAUCCUCGACAAGAAGAUUGGAGUCAACCAGCCCAAGCGGCUCGAGAAAGCCAAGAUUCUGGUGGCAAACACUUCAAUGGACACUGACAAGGUCAAGAUUUUCGGCGCGCGCGUCAAGGUCGGAUCGACAAACAAGCUCGCGGAGCUCGAAAAGGCGGAGAAGGAGAAGAUGAAGGCCAAGGUGGAGAAGAUCAAGGCGCACGGGAUCAACUGCUUCAUCAACCGUCAGCUCAUCUACAACUGGCCCGAGCAGUUGUUUACUGAUGCUGGCAUCAUGUCGAUCGAGCACGCGGAUUUCGACGGCAUCGAGCGUUUGGCAUUGGUGACCGGAGGUGAGAUCGCCUCCACCUUUGACCACCCUGAUCAGGUCAAGCUGGGCCAAUGUGACACUAUCGAGGAAGUCAUCAUCGGAGAAGAUACUCUGAUCAAGUUCUCGGGCGUGGCAGCUGGUGAAGCCUGCACUAUUGUGCUACGUGGUGCGACAGAUCAGCUCCUAGACGAGGCCGAACGCAGUCUGCACGAUGCUCUGGCCGUCCUUUCACAGACAGUCCUGGAGCCACGGACAACUUUGGGUGGUGGAUGCGCGGAAAUGGUCAUGGCCAAGGCAGUAGAGGGUGCGGCCACCCGCGUCGAGGGCAAGCGCCAGCUCGCAGUAUCCAGCUUUGCUAUCGCUCUGCGACAGCUGCCCACCAUUUUGGCCGACAAUGCUGGUUUGGACUCGGGUGAUCUGGUGGCUCGCCUGCGCAAGGCUAUCUAUGACGGUCUGACGACUUACGGCCUGGACCUGACGACUCCCGGGGGUGGCAUCACAGAUAUGCGCGACCUUGGCGUUAUCGAGAGCUACAAGUUGAAGAGGGCCGUUGUGUCAUCAGCAAGUGAAGCGGCAGAGCUACUCCUGCGUGUGGACGACAUCAUCAGGGCCGCUCCACGUGCUCGCGAGCGUAUGUAA